UGGAGUCGAUGCGCUACUAUUUUAUAGCUUCUUAGCUACAGUAAUCAACAUAUGGCAAAUUAUAUCAAUUAGUUUUUACGUUCAGAAGUUGAGGACUUACUUUGUAUUUGUUUCUUUUCGAGCGGUAUGUUAUUUGAUGAAGAUAAGUUAUUUGCUAGAAAUGUGUCAGUAACUGAAACAUCUGCUAGCUAGCAAUCAGUCACGUGGUUGGAAUGUUCAUUAACGUUCAAUUAAUUUGGAGAUCGAUAUGGCUCAGAGAGAGUUAAAAAUGUGCCUUCCUGGGGACACUGGGGUUGGAAAGUCAAGCAUUGUUUGGAGGUUUGUGGAGGACAGCUUUGACCCCAACAUUAAUCUAACUAUUGGGGCAUCCUUCAUGACAAAGACGGUGCAGUAUCAAAAUGAGAUGCACAAAUUCCUCAUCUGGGACACGGCAGGGCAAGAGAGGGACUCGUUCCAGGCAUUGAAGAACUGGGUGAAGGAGCUUCGCCAACACGGCCCUCCCAACAUCGUGGUAGCCAUCGCUGGCAACAAGUGUGACCUGUCCGAUGCCAGGGAGGUCUUGGAGAAGGAUGCCAAGGACUACGCAGACUCCAUCCAUGCCAUCUUUGUGGAGACCAGCACCAAGAACGCCAUUAACAUCCAUGAGGUCUUUUGAUCUUAGUCCCACCCUGAUUCUUGACCCCUGACGCAAUGACCUUUCUCUGCUUACAGCCUCCAUCGUCCCUCCAACAGAAUACCACUCCUCCAUCGGGGACCACUGACUCCUACAGCCAUUGUCUCCUCCAUCUAAUACUCCACUCUAAAGAGCAAGCCUAUUGCAAUUCACUGGGGUAUUGCUUUGGCUUGGAUUUUGUGAAGCUGUCGGUUUGUGUUUCCUGUCUCCCUAUCCAGACCCCAAAAGGUUCAACCAAAGUUCACAGCCUUUAGUAUUUUGCCUUUAGGUUCCUCAAGAAGGUCAAUGGAAGUAUCACCCGCUCUCUUGCUGUGUUCACUUCGUUCUAUUCCUAUAUAGUGCACUAUGGGCCCUGGUCAAAAGUAGUGCACUAUAUAGAGAAAGAGGGUGCCAUUUGAGAUGCAUCCUCAAAGGUUUUCAACGUAAAAUGUCUUAAUCUAGCAGUCCAAAGCCACAGCAAUUGCUAUGAUUUGCCCAAGUUAUAAGCGCUCCCUCCUGCCUGUCUUUUAUAGGUCUUGUAAUACUUCUGAAAAGAAGAAGAACGUUAACACAGAUUUUAUUUCUGUUUCGAUCUCGUAAACCUCUACACGGGUCCUGGCAUCAUCGGGUUUACAGCAUGCUGUGAUUCUUUUCUUGCAAUGGCUACAGGGUCUAUUUUGUAACCGGAGACAAUAUGGAGGUUAUUUUUAACAUACCUUUAUAUUUUCAGUUUCUUCUUAAAAAAUGGCUAGGUAGGCAUGUAUAGAUGUACUUUCUCCACCUCUAAAUGGACUAAUACCAAUCUCUUACUAAAUCAACUACAGUAAGUCUAAGUAUAUAUAUAUUUUUACACUUAUUUUACGAGGUAAGAUGACUGAACACAUUCUCAUUUACAGCAACAA